AUUUUUUCUAUAUAUUUCCUCCCUUUAAUGUAUACUUUUUUGUUAGAGUAAUGUAAUGAUCUAACUGCCAUUAAAGCUUUUAAUUGCGAAAUUUACAUACAUAUAUUGCAACAAGUUGUUGAUGUUCAACAGAAAAGGAGGAUGUACUGGAUGAAGAAAUACCUGUUGAAAAAACUCAAAUGAAGAACAGACGAAAUACAAUUGUAUCCCCCCCAAAACUAGAAGAGAUAGAACCUGAUAUACAACCUGGAGAAGAACGUGUCAGCGAUGAUAAAACUGAAUAUUAUGAAAACAGUGACUCGGAGAAUUACAAUGAACCAAAUUCUGCCAAAAAGAAGUAUCAAGAAUUACAAACAACUUAUUCUAGAACAUUGGAUGACGACUUGGGUGUUAAAAUUAACACACAAAAACCAUGUUACGAAGAUGAAGAAAAUGAAGAAGAAUGGGACGAUGAAGAGGAUGAUGAAGAAGAAGAAGAAGAUGAAGAUGACGAGGAUGGGUAUGAUAUAUAUGACAAUGACGACGACGAUGAAGAAUUACUAAAAAAACUUGAAGCUAAAUAUGGAAAGUUAAAUAGCAAACAAAGCAACGAAGAUUUAAAUAAGGAAGAAUCAGAUGAAGAUGAAGAAGAUAUAGACUACGAGGAAGAUAGUGAUGAUGAUGAUCAAACAAACACUGGUCUUAAAUUAGAAAAGAAAUAGUGUUAUGUUUUAAUACACAGGGGCAUUAUGAUCAUGAAGAAAUGAUUUACUUAUUUAUCUAUAACAUUAUUAUUGUUUAAUAAAAUACUUAUACUUAUUAUACAUGAUACAGAAGGUGUGAAUUAAGUUUUAUUAUUACUAUUAUACUGUUCAAGUAGUGUUGAUAAGAAAAUUAUAAAUAUUUUAAAAAGUA